CACUGUUAUCCCCACCUACGCCAGGUGGAGUUCUAGGGUUUGCUUUACCAGCUGGUGAGUGGAGGUUAGGAUCCCAGGCAGGGACUGCAGCCUCCUGUUGGCAGUACUGAGGGUGUGGUCACUCCUGGGGUACAGAGGCUAGCCUAGGUCAGGACUUCUGCUCUGCAGCAUUAUUAGCAAAUAAUUCACUCUCCUGUUGGCCUGAGGAUGCUGUUGGGAAAUGCAGUGGGGCUGUUCUGAGGGGAAGGUAUGUAACCCAGCACCAGGUCUGUGGUGGAGGGGGGUCCUCUGUGGGGAAGAUGACUCAACCUUUCAACUUAUCUGCUUUUGAGAGAAUUCUCUUCAUUGGCUCUGCAGAGCAAACUUUACUCAGCUCCGAGCGAUCUUUGCAAGUGGGGCCAAGGAGCCACCCUGAGCCAAAAAAAGAGCAUUAUGUCAUCGGAAGCCCAAGCCCAGAGAACACAAGUUCUCCUGGACCCACGACCUCAGCAGCCAUGUCAAAGCCCCAUAGUGAUGUCGGGACUGCCUUCAUUCAGACCCAGCAGCUGCACGCAGCCAUGGCUGACACGUUCUUGGAGCACAUGUGCCGCCUGGACAUUGACUCGCCACCCAUCACGGCCCGUAACACGGGCAUCAUCUGUACCAUCGGUCCGGCUUCCCGAUCUGUGGAGAUAUUGAAAGAGAUGAUUAAAUCUGGAAUGAAUGUGGCUCGUCUGAACUUCUCUCAUGGAACUCAUGAGUACCAUGCUGAGACCAUCAAGAAUGUGCGUGCGGCCACGGAAAGCUUUGCUUCUGACCCCAUUCGUUACCGGCCAGUUGCUGUGGCCCUGGACACCAAAGGACCUGAGAUCCGAACUGGGCUCAUCAAGGGCAGUGGCACCGCAGAGGUGGAGCUGAAGAAAGGAGCCACUCUCAAGAUCACCUUGGACAAUGCCUACAUGGAAAAAUGUGAUGAGAACAUCCUGUGGCUGGACUACAAGAACAUUUGCAAGGUGGUGGAAGUGGGCAGCAAGGUCUACGUGGACGAUGGGCUUAUCUCUCUGUUGGUGAAGGAGAAAGGUGCUGACUUCCUGGUGACAGAGGUGGAGAAUGGUGGCUCCCUGGGGAGCAAGAAGGGUGUGAACCUUCCUGGGGCUGCUGUGGACUUGCCUGCUGUGUCAGAAAAGGACAUCCAGGAUCUGAAAUUUGGGGUAGAGCAGGAUGUAGAUAUGGUGUUUGCAUCUUUCAUCCGCAAGGCAUCUGAUGUCCAUGAAGUUAGAAAGGUCCUGGGAGAAAAAGGGAAGAACAUCAAGAUAAUCAGCAAAAUCGAGAAUCAUGAGGGAGUUCGGAGGUUUGAUGAAAUCCUGGAAGCCAGCGAUGGGAUCAUGGUGGCUCGUGGUGAUCUAGGCAUUGAGAUUCCUGCAGAGAAGGUCUUCCUUGCUCAGAAGAUGAUGAUUGGGAGGUGCAACCGAGCUGGGAAGCCUGUCAUCUGUGCGACGCAGAUGCUGGAGAGCAUGAUCAAGAAGCCCCGUCCCACCAGGGCUGAGGGCAGUGAUGUGGCCAAUGCGGUCUUGGAUGGAGCCGACUGUAUCAUGCUUUCUGGAGAGACCGCCAAAGGGGACUACCCCCUGGAGGCUGUUCGCAUGCAGCACCUGAUUGCCCGUGAGGCAGAGGCUGCCAUCUACCACUUGCAAUUAUUUGAGGAACUCCGCCGCCUGGCGCCCAUUACCAGCGACCCCACCGAAGCCGCCGCCGUGGGCGCCGUGGAGGCCUCGUUCAAGUGCUGCAGUGGGGCCAUAAUCGUCCUCACCAAGUCUGGCAGGUCUGCUCACCAGGUGGCCAGAUACCGCCCCCGCGCCCCCAUCAUUGCUGUGACUCGGAAUCACCAGACUGCCCGCCAGGCCCACCUGUACCGCGGCAUCUUCCCUGUGGUGUGUAAGGACCCAGUGCAGGAGGCCUGGGCUGAGGAUGUGGACCUUCGGGUGAACUUGGCCAUGAAUGUUGGCAAGGCCCGAGGCUUCUUCAAGAAGGGAGAUGUGGUCAUUGUGCUGACCGGGUGGCGCCCUGGCUCCGGCUUCACCAAUACCAUGCGUGUAGUGCCUGUGCCAUGACAGGCCCCAAGAGCCCCUUCUCCAGCCCCGUCCCAUCCCCUUCCCCCAACCCAUCCAUUAGGCCAGCAAUGCUUGUAGUGCUCACUUGGGGGUUGUAAUGUGGCACUGGUGGGCUGGGAUGCUAGGGAAGAAGAUUAACGCCUCUGAAACAUGACUCUUAUUUUAAGACCCUGUUCGGGUGAGGUAACCCAGAGCUGGGUUGCACAUCAUGUGACCCCACCCAAGCCAGGGAUGAAGGGAGUUUGCAGGACUGGAAGCCCCAGAGCUUAACAGAGGGCAACCGCUCCUGCAUCUCCUUUUUGUGUAUUCCAUUCAGUUCCUAUAGAAAAUGGAUACCCAGACAACUCCCACCCCUGGCCUGGCAUCGAGAGACCGCCAGCAAGAGUUGUGGCAUAGGGCAGUGGUUCCAGUUUAAGGAGACUGGCCCGGGCCCUUCCUUGCUCCCCCAUCCCCCUCAGGCUCCCCUUGUCGUGCAUUGUGCACUUGUGUUCCUACACUCCACUCAGCUGUUGCAGGCAAACACCCCCCACCCGCCAUUUUCCCCACUACUGCAGCCACCUCCCAGCCUAUUGCUAUAGAGCCUACCUGUGUCAAUAAACAACAGCUGAAGUA